CACUCAAAAUUCAAUGUUUGCUUGAAAUCCAGAGCCCGACCUUAUAGUGUACUGGAGAGGAGUCGCCGCCGUUGUCGCUGGUGCACCGAAAACCUGAGUUCGAUUCCGAAUCCGAGGGUCUAGUGCUGCAAACGGGGGGAUCCCACAUCCAUCUCCAUAUCCACACGUUCGCCUUGAAGCCGAGGGGUCGUCGCACUCGUGAACUAUGUGACAGCGGCACUUCGGGGACAAAGCCAGGGCCGGGUUUACCACUGGGUCUCCGGAGCAACAGGAGCCGGAAUCGCAGCCUGAGAUUACGACGCCGCAAGACACAGGAUCCGAGGAGCACCAGCCGAUUCCCGGGCGAUAAAGGACCCGGCGCCAUGGCCAUUCACGAGCAGAUCGACAACCUCAAUAUCUGGUGGUUUCCGCGCGACUUUUGCCAGUCGCGCUUCGGCGAGUUCCAACAGAGCGGCACCAACUCCUGCACCCUCAUUUCUCUGAUCCUGGCCGACAAGGUGGCCAAGGCGGAGAGAUUCUAUCACAGGGUGUCCGAUCUGCCGAUGCGGGGAUGGGAGCUCUUUGGCAAUGCCAUGAACGACGGGAACAAUGUGUACCACAACGUUAUCACGGCCAACACGCCCCAGGCCAGGAAUCUAAACCUCAACAUUCCGGAUGCGAUCGCCGCCAUUCGGUCGCAGCACAAGAUGAAUUUCCGGCUGGAGGAGUGGUUCUACACGCACAUGGAGGCGGAUCCCAGCAGUCCGAUGUACAACCGGAACGUGGCCGUGCAGCUCUCGCGGAUUUUCCAGAUCACCCUGCAGGUGUUCCAGCAGGCCAGCGUGCGGGACAACAUGCCGUCGCACCUUUUCGCCGCCAUCAUCGCGGACAGUCGAACGGUGAUGGUAACCUUCGAUUUUCGGGCCUCGAUCGUCGCCCUCUUCGACUCGCACCAACAUGGGCGGGAUGCGGGCGCCGUCUUCGCGCAGUGCACGCUUCAGAACAUGGACGACCUGCUCUUCUGGUUCAUCAGCAUGCUGCACAACGUCUACUCCAGCCGGCCCUCGCUCUUCGAGAUCUCCUUCCUGAGUUCGCAGCCCGGGGUGGCCAAGCGCAUCCCGCCGGCUAUCAAAAAGAUCGCCGGGGAUCUAAAGAAGCCGGUUAAGAUGAACAUUCCCAGGCCCUCGCAUUAACCAUCAUGGCAAUUGAAAUCCAUCCAGUACACAUCCCCCUUUAAUGGAGACCAGCCUCAGCUCGGGCGCACACUUCGGACUAGAUAAAGCCAUCCAACGGACCAUUAAAGAUCAAAAUCUCAAGUUUCAUACAGCCAAAUUGUCCGUUUAGGCGUUUAGAAAUGAAAUUCAAUAUUUUCAGUUGACCAUCAACUAAUAAAUAAUGAACACAA